AUGACCACAAAUGUGACCACUGCCGUCGUCGGCACGGCCGCCGCAGCAGCCGCCAGACGCGGAAGGCAGCUCGACCCUCUGACUGCGGGACUCAAGGAACUCACCUUCCGCGAACUGGCCGCUGCCGCGGAGACUUUGGCCAAGACAAAGGUCACAGACGGCAACUUAUGGAGCAGGCUUUGCGACCGGCUCAAACCGGAGCUCAAAAGCGUCCACCUAGGGGACGCAUUGCGCGUGGUACAUGCACUGGCCAAAGUGCCGUACAAAAAGGUGCGUUGUGCGCAUUACUCUGUGACUCCUUUGCAGAUAUCGUUGAUGAACGUAGUUGAGAAGAUAGUGCUACAGCGACAUCAUGCUGUUGGUUCCAGAGCCAUUACGCAAUACUUCAUCGACGCGACGCGGCUGCAGUACAUAGAGCCGAAUACGUUUCAGGCGGUUGUGCACUCGAGGAUUGACGACCUCGAUGAGUUCUCCGCCUUCGACCUUUGCUUCCUGCUGCACGUUGCGGCUAAGCUGAGGCUCGCGGACAGCGCUAUAAUCGAUAAAGUAUCGCAGGAAAUAUUGACCAACGACGACAAAUAUGAUAUCGUCUGCAAGGAUAAGGCGCUCGUGGCGAUGCUGAUACGGUCCCUGGCCUUCCUGCAGCACCGGAACGAACUCUUCCAAAAGCUCGUGUACACGCGUCUUCCGGGUUAUGUAUAUGUCUUGGGACCUCAGGAGAUGUGCAACGUCAUUUUCUCCCUAGUGGUGGCGCUUCAGGACGAGGAAUAUGGACCUGAAGUCACGAAUAUAGUGAAAGUGCUGCUCGACCGAGUUGCCACACACCUGCAUGAGCUUGUGGACAUUGAGGUCAACCAGCUGUGCAUUAGCCUGUUCAACCUCAAGCACAAGCUCAGGCCCUUCGAUGACAAGUAUCAGGCGCUGCUGGACAAUAUCGUCACGCUCAACAUGAACUUCCCGCCGAGCACCUCAAAAAUGCAAUACAAAAUAGCUAGGCUGCUUGAUGACCUGAAGGUCAAGCACAAGUCUGAGCAGAGGAUCGGGCCCUACGUUAUGGACUACAUACUACCGCAGCUAAAGGUUGCGAUAGAGGUCAACGGGUAUUCGCAUUUCUACCACCAGACGAAGGAUUUCCACUCGGUCACAAGGCUGAAGUACCAGAUUGUCAGGUCACUAGGCUGGAAGGUGCUCAGCGUCAACUACUUCGACUGGAAGAACCGUUCCAGACAGAUUGCAAGUGAACAUGCCGCCGGCCUUGCUGCCGGAGGCGUUCACACGAACGACUGCGUCGUUGCCGCUCUCCUCAACGCUCCAAUCGCUGCGGUACUUUAUGUUGUCGCCAAUCAACUCGACAACUGCCUUAUUGUGCCUGAGAACUGUGCGGUGGUGGCAAUGAAGGUUAGAAUUACCUUAUCUCGGCAACGGCAGCGCGGACGCUACUGGGAACGUAGAGACUCUCGUACAACAAAUAGCCCGAAGCAGCUGUUGCUAACGUCGCAGAGGCACCUAGAAGUGUGA